UCUCUCAGGAAGACUUUUUCUCCUCCUAAGGAACUCCGAAUCUCUCUCUCUCUCUCUGUGGCGUUGGCGCGGCGGAGACGCCGCCAUGGCUCUCCAUCGGCGGCGUUACCACUACUACCACCGUCUCCGCCGUCUCCUCCCACUCGUCUCCGUCGUCUCCGGUGCUCUCCUCCUCCUCUUCGCUCUUCUCUCCUUCCUCGCUCCUCCUCUCGGCGAUUCCGAUCGCAUUUUUCGCGGUCACCACACCUCCAUUAAUGUUGAAGGUUACGAUGGCGACAGAGCACCGGCUUUCUGGGUUCCGAGAGGUGGAGGGAGAUCGGAUCGUGAUGUUUGGCGUUCGCGGAAUGCUGAAUUCUUCCAUGGAUGCAGCAAUGCGAGCAGCAAGUUCCCAAAUGCCAAAGCCAUUACGAGAAAUGAUCGAUACUUGGGAAUUGCCACAAGUGGUGGUUUGAAUCAACAGCGGACCGGAAUUGUGGAUGCUGUUGUUGCCGCCCGAAUUCUAAAUGUGACUCUUGUUAUUCCAAAGUUGGACCAGAAGUCCUAUUGGAAAGAUGCCAGCGAUUUCUCGGAUAUAUUUGAUGUGGAUUGGUUUAUAACAUUUCUUUCGAAAGAUGUUAAAAUUAUAAAGCAACUUCCAAACAAAGGGGGACGAACCUGGAGUCCAAGCAGAAUGCGUGUGCCAAGGAAAUGUAAUGAGAAAUGUUAUAUCAAUCGGGUAUUGCCCGUUCUUCACAAAAGGCAUGCAGUUCAACUCGACAAAUUUGACUACAGACUUUCGAACAAGUUGAGUGAUCAAUUGCAGAAGCUAAGAUGUAGAGUGAAUUAUCACGCUUUAAAGUUCACUGAUCCUAUUCUUAGAAUGGGCAACGAAUUGGUCCGACGCAUGAGGUUGAGAAGCAAACACUAUAUUGCUUUACACCUUAGGUUUGAACCUGAUAUGCUUGCGUUCUCAGGAUGCUACUAUGGCGGGGGCGUGAAGGAAAAAAGAGAACUGGGAGCAAUAAGACGGAGAUGGAAAACGUUACAUGUAAAUGACCCGGAUAAACAGAGGCGGCAGGGAAGAUGUCCUCUCACUCCAGAAGAGGUCGGUCUUAUGCUUAGAGCUUUGGGAUAUGGUAGUGAUGUUCAUAUAUAUGUGGCAUCAGGUGAAGUAUAUGGAGGAGAAGAGUCAUUGGCACCCUUGAAAGCUCUUUUCCCGCACUUCUAUUCGAAAGAGACUAUAGCUACUAAGGAGGAGCUGGAGCCUUUUUCGUCGUAUUCUUCCCGAAUGGCUGCACUUGACUUCCUCGCCUGUGAUGAGAGCGAUGUAUUUGUCACCAACAACAAUGGCAACAUGGCGAGAAUAUUAGCCGGGCGGAGGAGAUAUUUUGGACAUAAACCCACAAUUCGACCAAAUGCCAAAAAGCUUUACAGGCUGUUCCUCAGCAGAGAGAACAUGACUUGGGAGGAAUUCUCCUCCAGAGUUCGUAGCCAUCAGAGGGGAUUCAUGGGAGAGCCUAAGGAAGUAAGACCCGGAAGAGGCGAAUUCCACGAGAACCCAUCGACGUGCAUAUGUGAGGAUAACGAGGCCAAGGCAAAUGCCCAGUUAGAAUCGAGAAAACGUGGUAAAGCAAACAAGGCAAUGCCAAAAGACACUAUGAACGAAGAAGAAGAAGAAGAUGAUGAUGAACCGGAAUGGCCAGAGCCAGAUGACGAGGAAGACCAAACCGACCUUCAGGACAGAGGACUUUACAACGGGACGAGAUUAGAUUACGACGAUCCGUCCUCAUCAGACGAGCCGGAGCUGGAAGAAAUGCUCUCGGAUUAGUUGAUUCAGAUCUCCAUUUUCAAGCGUUUCCAACACUGCUCUCUGCCCUGUGGGUUUCCAAACCAAACCUUUUUGCUAAGCCUUGUUGUGAUCAUGUUUCAUCAAAAGUUUCAUGUACAUAGACCCGACCCGCGGCUGAGAUGGAGAAAAAGGUGCUACGAGGACGGGACUGAUAUUUUAGGAACGAAGUUUUUCAGACGAUGGAAUAAUUUAGGAUCAUGUAGGUAGGCCGGAGAUGAAUUGGUAAGCCAGAGAAAGGGUUGUGAUUUCGGAACAGAGGUUUAAGAGUAUGGAAUGUUGGAAGGGGGAAAUUUUUCAUGGCUUUGGGGCUUCGUUUACCACUGACUUUGUUCAUAUUUGGGGAAUACGACAGAGUAUGUUUCCUCUGCAAUGCCAUCACAGAUCGAUAUAUAUAUAUAUAUAUCAAUUGCGUAUCGUUUUA